UGAAGCUUAUUGUUAGAACAGCUAAGAAUAUUACUUUGGUCUAGUAGAUCAAAUAACUUUUAUUUGUUUUGUGCUGUUAUUACUAACUGAUAAGAAAACUGAACAAAAAGCAGUGUUUUGUAAAAAAAGUUUUCUUCAUUGAUGGAUUUGUUUUUGUGAGAGCAGGAGUGGUGAAGUAAUACCAGAGUGAACUGUAGUUUGGGAUUUUGUUCUGUGCCUGCAAAGAAAAAUCGGAUAAUUCAAACAAAAUGUCACAAGUUUGCAAUUUGCUGAAUUUUUUCUCGUGUAUGCGGGGAUCUCCCAAAACAAAACUACACCAUCAGAUCCAUCCGGGGCGACCCGGACAUUUUGACGCUGUAAUUGUUUGGAAAGGGAAAGAAAGUGUUAAGACAAAUGCCGGAAGUGUUGCAUAUGAGGUGAUCCUGAAGCCAGCCUCGGGGGAUGUUCCCCGCCCACCGUCACCACCGAAGGACAAGGGCCUCACACAUGAUGAUAUUGUACGCAAACUUCAGGAAGCAGAGGAAAGAAGACUGUCAAUGGAAGCAGAAAAGUUAGCCCCACUACAGAAACAGAAAGAACGUGCACAAGAAGCUCUCGAAAAGGCCAAACAGGAAGAGGAAAGCUUUGCCCAAGCCACCCGAGAGAAACUGCGUAGGUCGAUGGAGGUAAACAAGGAGAACAGAGACUCUCAGAUUCAGGCCCUACAGACACGACUUCGUGAACAUCUGUUGAAAGUUGAAGAGACGUGUAGAAAGAGUGACGAGAUGGCGAAGGAACUCGAGGAACGAAUCAAAAACAAGCUGGAACAGAAGGCGGGGAAAAGAAACUCUCAAAUUGAAAGUAUGGUGCUUAGAUUGAGGGAACAUGAAAAGCAUGUGGAGGAGGUGAUCAAAGCAAAUGAGAACAUGAUGAAGAGCAAAUACUCGGAGGAAAAAGUCUUGGAGAAGAUCCAGAAGGCCAUUCAAAACAGAGAGAAGUACCUCACAGAGCAGCGAAACAGGCUUAGAGAACAUGAGAAGAAAAUUGAAGAAGUGAGAAAAAACAAGUCAGCACUGAAAACAGAAGAUGGCGGUGACGCGAGCCCAGAUCAGUAAAUGCUUGUGUGGAGUGAAGUGACUUGUAUAUAGAAAAUGUGAGGGGACCAAUAAUACAUCCAACUACACAGAUUCAAUCGGCUCAUUGUGCUAAUGCAACACAAGUUUUUUAUGCGUCAUCCUAAUGUUGCCAUUUGUUCUUUAAUGUUACGAUGUUUGGAUUUCGAGUGUUGUGUGAAAGCAGAUUUUCUUGCAUGUUACAAAAAACAGAUUUUAAUCCUUAAAUUCAUGAAAGAAUACUAUUAGAUAAGAAUAUGAAGCAUUUAUUAAAAGUAUGGAAGCCCAUCUCGGACUGAAUUUUAUCUGAGAAGUUGGAAUUUACAAUCAGAUGUUCACAAGUUCAAUUUAGUAAUAGCUUGUGAUAAUAUAAAAUGGUCAGUACUGUUUUUAUAUGUUACAUACAAUUGAAAAUGUUUGGAAAAUAAGUUGUAUACAAAUAAUACAUGUAAACAUGUUUACUUCGUUCUCUAGCAUACAUCAAAAUUAGAAACAAAUGUAUGAAUAUUAAAUGUGUGUUUACAGUUUUGGCUUAAAACUUCAUUUCUCCAAAUGAUAUAUUGUUUUUCAUCAUAAAGGUAUCCUAAUCAAAUGUUGUUGAAACUCAUAACAUUUCUUGCUGUGUGGCUUUUGUGAGUUUAUAUUUUGCACGGUAUUGGUAAUUCACGUAAAAAUCAAAAUUAUCUAACCGUUGUAUCUUAUUUUUCGAAAUCAAUGGAAAUAAGUUUAGGUAAAUGGAAUAUGUGUUUUUGAGAUAUAGAACUUCUUGUUUAAUUUUUCAAAAAAAGGUUCUGUCUGUGAGUCCAGUUUUCUUAAAUUCCAAGAUUUUACCUCCUGUAAAAUUUUGAAGCAUUUUUAAGUCAUUUGCACCUUCACAAUGUGCAACCUAUAAAGAUUAGAAAAUUGAACUGCACAUGACACCAAAGUGGGCUGUUUUCUGCCAAUAGGAAAAGUAGGUUACAGUUUUACUUUUUUGCCAAAGAUUUUAAUAACAGCUAUUUUUUCUAUUCCUUUACCCGAGUUUUCUGCUUCAUACCUUCCAGCACCAAACUCUUGUCUGUCUUGCUCAAGCUGGUUUAUUCUGAUCACUCAACCAAGCUAGUUUACAAGUAAUAUAACUUUAAUAGAACUUUACUUGCAUAAAAUUAUCAACAAAUGCCUUUCAACCAAUGUUGAAACACAUGAUUUUUAUUUUUGUUUUCAUCAUAGACAAUCGUAGUAGACUGGAUUUAAUCCAUUUUCUUAUUCCAUACUUUCGUUAAGAAAAUAGGAAUGUCCAUGUUUUCUGUAAAGUUGUCUUUGUCAAGUUAUAUUUAGUAUUACAUGAAUCUCGAGUUGUGUUUGUUUACCACUGCAGUACUAAUAGUGCUAUUAUAUUUCUUAUUUCUUUGUUAUUGGAACCUUGUACAAAACGCCUGUUAUUUUAGAAUAGUUGUGUAAAUUUUACAUUACCCCAGUGCUGUACAACUGCCUUAUUAUUAUUACAAUAUUAUCGGUAUGGUUAGUGAUUCUUAGGUAUUGUACAUUUGUAGUUUCUUUUUAUUAAUGACAGGGCUGAAAUGAACAUCAAAAUGCUAAAAAUAGCAUUCUGUAAUACUAUGUUACUAAAUAACAGAUGUGCUUUCUUUAGUCUGGUGUGCACAGCAUUUUGGUUAAAUUAACAUAAAGAUGGAAAUGUCUUGGCUCUUUUUGAAAAACAUCAAGAAAAGACAAGAUCAAAAGUUUACCAUAAUAUAUUUUUCUAAACCUUUGCAUUAAAAUGUUAACAAUUUUGUCUUUGGGAACUUGAGUUAUGUGUUCGUUUCAGCUGUUAGUUAAGUAGGUUUAGCAAUGUUUCACAUGGUUUAAAGUAGUCUUGCUGAUACAUUAAUUGUGAGGCCUGACUCAAUUCAAAUGCAAUGUCUUCAAUGCAAGUUGUCUGUGCAUAAUGGCUUCUUUCAUGUUAAAUGUAUAAAUCUGUCUCGAACAAUCCCAGUAUUUUCUUUGCUUACGGAUCGGGCCUAAAAAUAGACCUAAAUAAUUCUUUCCUCCAGCUUUUCGUGUCCAUUCUUAGUCUUCAUAAAACAAAAAAAAGCAAAAAGUUUUGUUACUUUUUAGAAAUGUAGAAUUUGCAAUAAUGAAGAGAAAUUUAAAAUAAUGCAGAGGGACAACGUCUGGAUUUCAUCCAAAGUGAAAUGCUAUUAAGGCAGUGUUUUUCCCUGAUGAGUUUGAAAAACAUGAACCUAACAUGUUCCAUAUAGAUCUGCUAGUUGAAAAUGUGAGAAUCAUUUUAAUGUAAUUGGGGAAAAUAAUAGAAAUUAAGUCACUGUUGUGAUAGCUUCUAAUUUGUCACCUAGUUUAUUGAGGUGUUGAUUUGGACAUUUUCCCAGAAAUUUGGGGGAGAAAAGAUCCAUCAUUGAUCAGAAAUAAGCAUGGAUACCUGCUAUAAAAAAUUAAGCUGGAAUUUUUAUUUUAGUGUUUUAACCUUUGUUAGUAUAAAGGAAUUGUGGUCUAUUUUUAGGCCUUAUGUUAUCAUGCUUUCAGCAGCAAUUUUAAUGGCUGCCACAUAAUAAGCAUUCAUUUAUUUAUUCUGUUCCAGUCAUUCAAUUUUGUAUCUGUAGUUGUGUUAGCUAUUUUCAUAAAAUAAUUCAUUCUCAUUUCAUUAUUGGACAGUGAAAAAAGUAUGGCUUUAUUGCUGUGGUGGAUUCAGUGUAAGAUAUUUAAAGAUGAUAUCAGUAUUUGCAAAGAAAAAUGAUAUCUGUACAUAGAAAAUGGAUUUAUUGUUGGAUGUGUAAACAUAUUGGGUUUUUUUCCGAGUAUUAAAGCUCACAUUGGUGAUAGUAGAUUAAAAGAAAAACAAAUAUGCGGAUACUGAAAGUGCCAUAUUUAGUUAUUCUUUAUGUAUUAUAAACUUGAGUUUAAUGGAAUAAAUGUAAAAUUGCAAAAUUAGGCCUACAUAUUUCCUACUAAAAAAAAAAGAAAUUGAACUGUAUAGCCAAUGCGCCAGUCAGAUUUUUACUCAUUAAUAUAUACAUGUAUCUGUAUAUGGCAUGCUGGAAGCUUUUCAUUGUUGGUAUCUUUUUGUCUUCAGUAUAGAAUUAUCUUCAUAUGCUAAUAAUAAACCAUGUUCAUGAAA